AUGGCAGACCCCCUUGAGCCCCCUGCAGAGGUGCCAGAGCAGCUCCUGCUGACUCCAGCUCCUUCCUCCAGCAUCAAGAGGAGCAACUGCUACAUGGUCUGGGGGGGAGACUUCUCCAGCAGCAGCCAACAGGCCAGGGUCAGCCACAGCGACCUGGUGAUUGGCUGCUUGGUGGACCUGGCCACUGGCCUCAUGACCUUCACAGCCAACGGCAAAGAGAUCAACACCUUCUACCAGGUGGAACCCAACACCAAGCUCUUCCCUGCCGUCUUCGUGCUGCCAACCAGCCAGAACGUGCUGCAGUUCGAGCUGGGCAAGCUGAAGAACAUCAUGCCCAUCUCGGCUGCCAUGUUCAGCAGUGAGAGGAAGAACCCAGAGCCUCAGUGCCCACCUCGCCUUGGCAUCCAGCUGCUCACCCCUGUCACCUGGAGCAGGAUGCCCAACGAGUUCCUGGCAGUGGAGACCACCAGGCUGAGCGAGCGCCAGGGCUGGGCAGUGGAGUGCACCCAGCCCCUGGUGAUGAUGGCACUGCACAUCCCCGAGGAGAACAGGUGCAUCGACAUCCUGGAGCUGCGGGAGGAGGAGGAGCUGCUGCGCUUCCAGAGCCACACCCUGCGCCUCUACUGCGCCGUCUGCGCCCUGGGCAACCACCGGGUGGCACAUGCCCUCUGCAGCCACGUGGACCAGGCGCAGCUGCUCUUCGCCAUCGAGAGCGCCGAGCUGCCAGGCCCCCUGCGGGCUGGCUACUACGAGCUGCUGCUCGCCAUGCACCUGGACGCGGCGCAGCGCUCCCGAGCCUCCAUGAGCGCCGAGUUCAUCGUCCCCAUCACCGAGGCCACCAAAGCCAUUCGGCUCUUCCCGCCGGGCUCCCGCUCGCCAGGGCCCCCCGGAGUGGGUCCCAGCGCCUGCCUCUGCCCCCAGCCUCGCUUCGCGGAGCCUUGCUUCAUCCUGGCCCCCGGCGGUGCCAAGGCGCCGCUCAGCCCUGGCAUCCCGCUGGAUGUGUUGGGCGCCAGAGCCAUCAGGAUGCUGGCGGAGGCGGUGGCAGGGGGCGGCCCCCACGCCCGGGAUCCCAUCGGGGGCAGCGUGGAGUACCAGCUGGUGCCCAUCCUGAAGCUGGUGUCGGCGCUGCUGGCCGUGGGGGCGCUGGGGGAUGAGGAUGUCAGGAGGGUGCUGAAGAUGAUCGACCCCAGAGUGUUCGGCGAGGGCAGGAAGGAGGCGCAGGGAGCGGGGGAGGAGGAGGAGGAGGAGGAGGAGGAGGAGGAGGAGAUGGAGGAGGAAGAGGAGAAGGAGGAGAAGGAGGAGAAGGAGAAAGAGAAGAAGAAGGAGGAGGAGGAGGAGGAAGGCGUGGAGGAAGGCUUGCUGCAGAUGAAGCUGCCGGAGUCGGUCAAGCUGCAGAUGUGUCACCUGCUGCAGUACUUCUGCGGCCGGGAGCUGCAGCACCGCGUGGAGGCUUUGGUGGCCUUCGCGGAGCGCCACGUGGAGAGGCUGCAGCGGGACCAGCGUGGGCGCUACGGGCGCCUGAUGCGGGCUCUGACCAUGUCUGCCGCCGAGACCGCCCGCAGGACACGCGAGUUCCGCUCCCCCCCGCAGGAGCAGAUCAAUAUGCUGCUGCAGCACAAGGCUGGCACAGAGGAGGAGGAGUGCCCUGUGCCCGAGGACAUCCGUGACGAGCUCCUGGACUUCCACCACGACCUGUUGGCACACUGUGGCAUCGAGCUGGAGGAGGAAGAGGAGGAGGAGGCUGAAGAGACCUCCCUGCGCCAGCGCCUGCUGGCGUUGGUCCAGAGGGUGGUUGGGCACAGGCAGGUGCCCACCGAGGAGGAGCCAACCCCUGAGGAGCCUCCGGUGCCAAGCAGCCUGCAGCAGCUGAUCUCGCAGACCAUGGUGCACUGGGCACAGGAAGCCUUCAUCCAGAGCCCCGAGCUGGUGCGUGCCAUGUUCAGCCUCCUGCACCGGCAGUACGACGGCCUGGGCGAGCUGGUGCGGGCACUGCCCCGCGCCUACAGCGUCAGUGCCACCUCCCUGCCCGACACCUGCCAGCUGCUGGAGUGCCUGGGCCAGAUCCGCUCCCUGCUCAUCGUGCAGAUGGGCCCCGAGGAGGAGAACCUCAUGAUCCAGAGCAUCGGGAACAUCAUGAACAACAAAGUCUUCUACCAGCACCCAAACCUGAUGAGGGCUUUGGGCAUGCAUGAAACUGUGAUGCAGGUCAUGGUCAGCGUCCUGGGGGGGGGAGAGUCCAAGGAGAUUCGUUUCCCCAAGAUGGUGACCAACUGCUGCCGCUUCCUCUGCUACUUCUGCCGCAUCAGCCGCCAGAACCAGCGAGCCAUGUUCGACCACCUGGGCUACCUGCUGGAGAACAGCAGCAUCGGCCUGGGCAUGAGAGGCUCCACCCCGCUGGACGUGGCAGCAGCUUCGGUCAUCGACAACAACGAGUUGGCACUGGCACUGAAGGAGCAGGACCUGGAGAAGGUGGUGACCUACCUGGCAAGCUGUGGGCUGCAGAGCUGCCCAAUGCUGUUGGCAAAGGGGUACCCAGACCUGGGCUGGAACCCCUGCGGUGGGCAGCGCUACCUCGACUUCCUGCGCUUCGCCGUCUUCGUCAACGGGGAGAGCGUGGAGGAGAAUGCCAACGUGGUGGUGAGGCUGCUGAUCCGCAGGCCUGAGUGCUUCGGGCCUGCCCUGCGGGGGGAGGGUGGCAGCGGCCUCCUGGCAGCCAUCCAGGAGGCUCUCAGCAUCGCCCAGGACCCUGCCCGCGACGGCCCCACCCUGCGCCGGGACCCGCGCCGCAGAGAGCCCUUUGGCACCGAGGAGCCCCCGGAGGAGGGCAGAGUUCACCUGGGCAAUGCCAUCAUGUCCUUCUACGCUGCCCUCAUCGACCUCCUGGGGCGCUGUGCCCCCGAGAUGCACCUGAUCCAGGCUGGCAAAGGAGAGGCUCUGCGGAUCCGAGCGAUCCUCCGCUCCCUGGUGCCCCUGGAGGACCUGGUUGGCAUCAUCAGCCUGCCCCUGCAGAUCCCUACCCUGGGCAAAGAUGGCAGCGUGGUGGAGCCGCGGCUGUGUGCCAGCUUCGUGCCCGAGCACAAGGCGCCCAUGGUGCUGUUCCUGGACCGAGUCUAUGGGGUGGAGAGCCAGGAGCUGCUGCUGCGGGUGCUGGAGGUUGGCUUCCUGCCCGACAUGCGGGCAGCUGCCUCCCUCGACACGGCCACCUUCAGCACCACGGAGAUGGCACUGGCCCUGAACCGCUACCUGUGCCAGGCUGUGCUGCCCCUCAUCACCAAGUGUGCCCCCCUCUUCGCGGGCACCCAGCACCGUGCCAUCAUGGUGGACUCCAUGCUGCACACCAUCUACAGGCUCUCCCGGGGCAGGGCACUCACCAAGGCCCAGAGGGAUGUCAUUGAGGAGUGCCUGAUGGCACUCUGCAGGUACAUUCGCCCCUCCAUGCUCCAGCACCUCCUGCGCCGCUUGGUCUUCGAUGUGCCCAUCCUCAACGACUAUGCCAAGAUGCCCCUCAAGCUGCUGACCAAUCACUACGAGCGGUGCUGGAAGUACUACUGCCUGCCCAGCGGCUGGCCCAACCACGGCGUCAGCUCCGAGGAGGAGCUGCACCUCACCAGGAAGCUCUUCUGGGGCAUCUUCGAGUCCCUGGCACACAAGGUGGGCACCUGGGGGCGUGCCCAGGGGGGUGGAGGAAGGGAGGAGGUGGUGAUGAAGGAGGUGAUGGAGGUGAUGGAGAUGAAGGAGGUGAAAGAGGUGAAGGAGGCGAAGGAGGUGAAGGAGGCGAAGGAGUGGAGGAGGUGA